AUGGAAAGCAGCAAAGGAUUACGUUUUUUAAUCUCCUGCAUUCUUAUAGGUGCAGCUCUUGCUGUCAGGAUUAAUGAAGAUGGACAUAAGAUCAUUUACUUGCCUAAAGGGGAGUCGGUAAAACUGGGGUGCCCCUUUUCUUCAGAUCCCGAAGAUAACACUCCGGAUAAUGACUGGGAUAUUCAGUGGAGGCAGGUGAAACCUGGACCCCACCCCCAAUAUAAUCCGCUCCUGGGUUAUCACAACCAACGUAUCUUCUACCCGGGAUCCUCUGAUUUCCAAAAGCGCGUGGGCUUCAUCUCGUCCGAUCCCAGCCUCUACGAUGCCUCCAUGCAACUCCGGGAUCUGCAGGUUAGCGACUCCGCCACUUACGAGUGCACGGUGAAGAAGACCACCGAAGCCACCCGCAAAGUGACCAUCAAUGUUCAAGAAAAACCAGCCAUUCCUCGCUGCUGGAUCAUGGGUGAGGUCGAGUAUGGGAACGACGUCAUCCUUCGCUGCUUAACUUCCACGGGGACCCAGCCGCUCAGCUACCACUGGUCCAUGUCAAGCGGCAAUUACCACGAUUGGAUGCCCUCAGGCAGUGAGUGUCAGCCUUCUCGCAGUGUCUCCUUGGGGCGGUUGGGAGCCAAAGGAGAAAUCAGCCGUCUCAUUCCAGGGGAUCUCCAGAUCCGUAAUCUGUGCGACGACCACGUGGGGAUCUACGAGUGCAGUGUGGGCAAUAACGUCGGCGUGGCUCAUUGCUCUGUGGAAAUUAAGUUUGGAGGAGGUUGGAGCCGAGGCUGGAUGAUCGCGUUGUUCGUGAUCAUCGGGCUGCUGGCCUCGGCGGUCAUCGUCAUGGGCGUCAUCUGGUGCUGCUGGUGCUGCUGCGGCAAGGCGGGGGGCGGCUGUGGGGACCAGUGCCCCAGCUGCUACUGCGGGAAGGACUACUGCUGGGACUGCUGCUGCAACUUUGGCCCCGACGGUCCCGACACGAAUCAGCAGUACUCCCAGACUAAGGCCAGCGACAUCUG